AUGGCGAAUCUCGCUAAUACCAUGGAAGUGAAUGUUACUGCGACUCUGCAAGCUGUGCAGAGGUUAGGCCAACUGGCGGGGAAUGGCAAUGGGAACGGAGAAGGAAAUGCCAAUGAUAAUGCUGAGAGAAAUGGCAAUAACACGGGAGUAGUUCCGAUGACCUUGGCAACGUUCCUGAAGGUUCAUCCGCCAACUUUUCGAGGGUUCACAAAUCCUGUUGAAGCGGACCACUGGUUCCAGGCUAUGGAGUGUGCUUUACAGGCACAGCAUGUUCCUCUUAAUCAAUAUGUAGUGUUUGCCGCUUAUCAGCUUGCGGAAGAGGCCCAGCCCUGGUGGCAAGCUGAGUGUCGUUUGCUACAGCUUCAGAACGCCGACAUUCCAUGGGAGGUAUUCCAAACGGCUUUCUACAAGAAAUACUUCCCUGAGUCUGCAAGGAAAGCGAAGGAGAUGGAGCUAAUGCAGCUAAAGUAA